AUGGAUCCUCUCAUAGCUGUCGUAGGUGCAACUGGCACCGGCAAAUCCAAGCUCGCAGUGGACUUGGCCGUCCGAUUCAAUGGUGAAAUCAUCAAUGGGGAUGCCAUGCAAAUGUAUCGCGGCCUCCCCAUCAUCACCAAUCAGAUCCCUCUGGAUGAACGGAAGGGCAUCCCCCACCACCUCUUGAGCUGUGUCGAUCUCGAAACUGAGGCAUGGCGUAUCGGUCACUUCAAAAGAGAAGCGCUGCGAUUGAUCGCCGAGAUUCAAAGUCGCGGCAAGAUUCCCAUCCUGGUUGGCGGAACCCAUUACUACACUCAAGCCGUCUUGUUCAAGGACCAACUGGUCGGUGAGGGAUCCGACGCGGAGGAUGACCAUGUGGCAAAGAAAAAACCAGAGCCCGAAUCAUCGUCCACGUCCGAGAAAUGGCCUAUCCUCGACGCCUCGCCAGAAGUGCUCAUGGAGAAAUUAAAAGAAGUGGACCCAGCCAUGGCAGCACGAUGGCACCCCAAAGACGCGCGCAAGAUUCGUCGCUCUCUAGAGAUAUACUUUCAAACUGGGCGACCGGCCUCGGAGAUUUAUGCCGAACAGCAAGCGGAAAAGGAAAAAGCCGUGUCGCAGUCAGAGGGACUAUUGCGGUUUGACAAGACCUUGAUAUUUUGGGUCCAUGCCGAGAGGGAGGUUCUCAAUCAACGCCUGGACGCGCGAGUGGACGGGAUGAUCCAGCAAGGCCUGCUGGCCGAGGCGGAGACCAUGUUUGAUUUUUUACAAAAGAAGGAAGCCGAAGGUAUGGAGGUGGACCAGACUCGGGGCGUGUGGGUGUCGAUUGGGUUUAAAGAGCUGGCACCAUACUUUACGGCGUGCCGGGAGGGAGGCCGAAGUGAAGAGGAACUGAAAGCCUUGCGAGACCGCUGCGUCGAGUCCAUUCGCAGCGCAACGCGGCAAUAUGGCACAUCACAGAUCAAGUGGAUCCGGAACAAGUUAUGGCGGGCACUCGCUGACACGGGAAUGACUCGACGCCUAUAUUUACUCGACAGCAGCGAUGUCGACCAGUGGACCAAGUUUAUCACGACGCCGUCAGAAGGCAUUGUUCAGGCAUUGUUGGACGGCACAUCUACGCCCGAUCCCAAAUCACUUUCUCCCCUGGCGCGGGCAGUGCUUGGCGCCAAAGAAGAGCAAGCGCAGGCUCCGUCCGGGUCGGUCAUGACGACGUUUACCUGUGAUGUCUGUGGGAAAGUUGUGGUAGGCGAGGAGCAGUGGGAGAUCCAUUUGAAGAGUUAUAGUCACAAACGGGGACUCAAGUCGGCGGCUCGGAAAGCAGAGCGAGAUGCUUAUUUUCGCAAACGAGCGAUGGAGGAACAGCAGAAGGGAGACACAUCCGAGAGUCCUGGAGCCGAGUCACGCGCCAACCCUUGA